UGGGUUAGCUUAAUGGCGGUAAUGAGCUAAAGAGGAGGCCGUUGAGAUUGAAAAGCCGUUCCUAACUGUGGCAGGGUCCUAGCAAAGAGUAAUUGAAAUUAUUAAUAUGAUCAAAUAUGGCAUCCUAUUUGGCACAAGAAAUUCAGCUUGCUAAGCAGCAUGAAGAAAUACUCUCUCGGAGAUUGGUGUUGCUUCAGCAGAUGGAGAGUCAUCUAAGAGACAAAGACGCUGAGCAGGCAUGGCACACGCAAGAAGCUGAUGCGGCUCAUAAAAGAAAUGUAUCACUUUUAAACGAUAUAGAGGCAGAAGCGAAAAAGCUACAAUCCAGAGAGCACUUGCUUCUCCACCCUGAAAUUGUUAACCUUGAAACUCUUUACUGGGCCAAAGUAGAAGAAUCCAUUCCUAAAUGGGAGCCAUUUUUUUUAGGAAGAACACAAGUCCCAAUUGGUUUUAAAAAAAAUAUCACAUCAACAAUAAAGCACAUUAGAUCAGCACCAAGAUAACUGGAAACAAAGACUGAAGCAUGUCCAUGGGGGAAUUUAUUCAAGCUUCAGAUUGGUGGAUUGUUAAAUAUUUUUUUAAAAUAUUUGUUGGAUAAGAUACUCAAUUCUAAAUCUGCAUUGAAGAGUUCUUCCCUAAAGGCCUGUUAGCUACAUGGAAGUGACUUUGAUCUCAAAUACGAACAAUGCAGUGCAGGAUGUACAUUCUGCUGUUCAGUUACUCUAUUAAGAUGAGAAAUAAUGUAAUCUGUUACUCGUCCUUCAUUUUUGCUAUGGAGAGAUGCCUUUUUCCCCAAUAAAAGUAUAGAAGGUA